AUGCCCCCGCGCCGCCGGGCCCCUCGAGCGGGCUCUCGAACCGACCUUCCCCCGCUGAAGAUUGUCCGGAAGAUCCUCCUCCUUCAAGUCGCCUACUAUGUCACCGCCACGGCUCUCAUCCUCUUUACGACGGUCGUCUACGGUACUCCCUUCUCCCUCGACCUUGUCUUUAGCUGGAAUGCCCUCCGCGGUGAUACUACGAUUGGAUGGAUGCUUGGCUUGGUGUGGUUGUUGACGAGUGGGAUUGGGGCAAUAUUCCUCCUUCUCCUCGUCGCUCGGUCCAAGCUUAUCCCUGACUUCGCUCUUACCCUACACUUCCUCCACCUCAUCGCUACAACCUUGUACACGCAUUCCGUGCCCGCGAAUUGGCUCUGGUGGGGCCUGCAAGGCGCGAGUGCCGCGUUCAUGACGUUCUUGGGCAUUUGGGCCUGUCGUUGGCGGGAACUGCAGCCCAUCAGUUUUGGUGGCAUUGGUGGGAGUAGUAGCAAUGGCGGUACGUCUGCUGGGGCCUCAGGUGGUGGUGAGGCAGAAAGUGGUGCUGGCGAAGAGGAGUUAUUCUCACUGUCGAGGGGUAGAGGAAGGGGACGAGGCUUGCGCGAUAGUAGCAGUGCCGGGGAUGAGUACGAGAUGGUGGAAAUGAAGGGUGACGCGGCGGUAUAG